UGACGUCACACUGGCUUCCCGACCGCCAUGACGGAGCGCCUUGCGCAUUGUUCCUGAGAUGACGAACGCCAGCAGCCCAGGGGGCCUGCGCCGGUUCCACUUCGGUUACUUUGACCUCUUCUGGGCGUGCGUGGGGCUCGUUUCUACACUGCUUGACCUCGGCACCGACAUCAACACCAUCACGAAGCUGUACCUUGCCAGCCAUGUUGUAUCGGCCUCCCUGCUGCUGGCCUGCAGGCUGACGGCCGACAUCGUGGUGCAGUUCUUCAGCCUGGCGUGGCUUUACGAUGACUGGAAAGAGCGACGCGCGAAUCAAAACUUGGAAUUUCCGCGACCUUCAUGGGUGGUCAAAGUGCUGCACUGCCUGCAGCUUGGCCUCAUUUACAGAUUUGUGUGGGCGCUCCGCAAGGGCUGGAAAGCGAUACAAGAUGGCGGCGAGGGGUUGGCAGCUGAGGCAGUCUACCGCUCGACAGACAUCACCAUGCUGCGCCUAUUCAAGACGUUUAUAGAGAACGCACCGCAGCUCGUGCUGCUCAUCGGACGCAUGGUGCAGGCGGAGCGGGUCAACUUGAUGGAAGGCCUCAGUGCAGUCGUCUGCCUCUUCUCCAUCUCCUGGAUACUGCUCGACUACCACAAAGCGCUGCGUAUCUCACUGAACAACAAGCUCCAGCUGCAGGGCUACCUAGCCUCGUUCGUCUACCUGCUGUGGAACCUGCUGCUGGUGGCGCCGCGCGUCGUCACGCUGGGUUUCUACGUGGCGGCCGUGGGCCCCAUGGCGGCCGUGCACGUGGCGCUGUGGUGGUUCGCCAUGCUAGUGUGGGCCCGCCUGCAGGACACUGAUUUCACCACUUCGAAGAAGAAGGAGUUCGUCUACAACAGCGUCGUGGCCGUCAUAUGGAUUUUUUCCUGGUUCAAUGUGUCGAAAACCAGGACGUUGUGGAGGAGCGUCAUCUACCACUUCGCUGUGCUCGUCGACAUCAUCAUCAUGAUCAUGGUGUAUUAUGUUUUCCUUGGCGAGGACACUCAAAAGCUGGUGGUCUUGUGUUUUGUCUCCGUGGUGUUCAUCUGCUAUACCUGUGGAAUCGCUGUACGCUGUGUUUACUAUAGGCGCCUCCACCCCAGUGUGACGGUGGCGACCGUAGAGUUUGUGCAGCCUGAAGUGCAGUUGAACAUUAUAGACGUGGACACAGAUGGGCCAAUGGAGCCAUUCACCAAGCAGGUGAACAAGCGAAUCACAAAGUUUGUAGGGUACCCACAUUUGCCCAACAGCAGCAGCAGAAGCAGCCAGCGUAAUGGCAGCAACAGCCGCUCUAGAAUUGUAUAGCAGCAGGGAAUGACAGCGUUUUACAAUCUGAGCCUAUUUUAAUUCAGGGUGAGGACUACAGGUAGACCUCGCUUAAUGCUACGCCGUAGAACGAUGAUUCAUUGUCGCGCUCUUUGAACCUCGAUGAUUGUGAUUCAUAGUCACGAUAAAACUUUUAUCUGUUUUUUUUAUGUUUUUAUCCGAUGUUAUUACAGUACAGUAUUUGUUUAGCUAGGUGAGAACUCACCAGUCCCAGGCUCCACUGAAAAGAAACCUCACCACUGAAAUUUAGACUCAGGCCAUCGCGAAGCUCAUAGAGGUCCUGGAGCUCUUCUCUGAGAGUGACCCGCAUUGGGACCGCAACAGCUCCUCCAAUCUCAUCUCCCACCGCUGCCUUGUAGGAGGAGUCCAGUAGAAUGCACUUGUGUACAGUUAAAAAUACUUAUGUGAAAAUAAAUUAUUAUUUUUGUUUAUGAAAUAAUGUUCGCCCAUUGUAUUAUUGUUCGUGCUAUUAUCGAUACCCCAAUGAAGCCCUCAUAUAAUGCUUAUACGAAAUAAAUAACGCUUUCGGGAACGCAUCCCCAUAUAUAGAAUGGUAUAAUGACCCCUUUUAGCGCCGAUUCAAUUAGCGCUCACUUCUCCAGGAACGCACCUUGAGCGCUAAGCGAGGUCUGCCUCUACUAGGUUUUAAGUUGUGCUUAACAGCUCUCGGAUGUAUGACCCGAAAAUGCGUGAGAGAGCGGGUUGAGAUCCAUGUUGUGCAAAAACCCAAAUGCGAAUUAUUUAUAUUUUUUGUUAACAUGUUCAUAAUUACUUUAUCCUGAGCCCUAGCUGUAAGUUGCCAUUUUGUGAUCAUUUAUUUGAGCACAUGUAAAUACAAGUACACAACAGAAUACACAAUGCAAACAUUUACAUUCCACUUAGCCUAAGAGUUGGAUUUUAUGUCCUGAUUAACAGUCGUUGUCAAAGUUAUUUAGUUUUUUAGUCUUUUUAUAUUAGAUUGUUAUAAGACCCGGCCAAAUGUAGUUUUCUGAAUUUUGUACGUACUGUACUGUAUUUACAGUUUACAAUGCCUUUGACCAAAUUGUAAAUUUUUAGAAGCUCAGCCAGGUCGAGCCUGGCGCAAGCUUGGAUGGGAGACCACAAUGGAUAAUAGGUUGCUGUAGGCUUGACACGUAGGCUUUCGUGACCAAUAUUACUUUUUACCAAUUAUGGCAACAUCGCCAAAUGAUGCUGGGUGUAAUUCCCAGUGAAACUUCGUACUCAAAUUGUAAAUAUAGUGGAUCAACACACUGGUGCGCUGAAGAAGUAACUAAUUGGCACGUUUUGUUUACGUGACAAACCUUAUUAAGUGGCUGUCAGGUAGUGGCGGGUUAACACAUUUACGCGAUAUAACCCAAAAAAAAACUUUAUUAUGAAUUGCUAUAGGCCGCUGUGGGGCUGUGUGUUGGGGAGCAAAGGGGAGUGCAGCAAAUUGUAUUAUUGUACUGUACUCCUGGGCAUACACAUCUAUGUUACCAAUCUUCAACCCACACUGACCAGCUGUGUGAAGUAUGCCAAUGUCCCCCCACGAUCCUCAUGACACGAGAUAGCCUGUCCUCCAGCAGCGGACUGACAUAAAAUAACUACUUGUGGACUAUAUUAUUUCCCAUACGUUUUGGACAUGUCACCUCACCUUCAGGAUGUUAAGUUGAUGAAUAGAAGUGUAUUUUGUACGAAUACUGUGCAGUAUUUAACACGAAUGUCUGUUCUAUCAAGUACAACUUAUGGGGGAGACAGCCAAGAUAGAAUGUUGUGCUGUGCUUGAGAUUAGCGGCUGGCACAGCUGUGUGAAGCCACCAUCGUCUCCUCAGAACGGAAAGAAGUGGGAAUGUGUCCAGAAUGGUAAUGUAAGAGUACAGCCCAAGACUUCAUGUCAUGUAUUUAUCCAGAUUGUCUUGCUGAGUCUUAAGACUUCUCCUACCUUAGCAUAAUUGGCUAUUCCACUUUAAUGAAUGUUUUGCAUUUGACAGAAAAUAGAGUAUCUGGAGAAAACACAUGCUUGUAAGGGUGUAACCCUCAAUCCACAGCAUUGGGUUUAUAAACCCAUUUGCUUUACUGCCAUCUCGUGGCCACUUCGCAGCCCAGUGAAUUUGACAAAUCUCUGUGUGGUCCAACGGGAUUCUUUCCUCCUAAACACUGUGUGUGUGCCACAGCACCUAGCCUGGCACAACCACCGCGGUGAUGUCACCGCCUUUUUGUGCAAAAUGGUAGUUGUGUGCGUUAGCAUUUACACUCGAGUGCAAGAGCACUCAUUUCACACCUCCGAUGAGCAUGGUUGGCUACGUACGGUGCGAAAGAAGUUAUACAUUCAUUUAACCGGGGCCAACAGACCCUGUAAGGAACCAAGGUGACUUUAGGAGGUGGCGAAAGGUGGAGUCGGUCAGGAUAAACAUUAGGAGCUGAAGAGUUUCUACAAGGGAGUUUCCAGCGUACAAAUACUACAAGUCUCCACCUCUGCUAUCCCACUGACACUUGAGUUAUACUGUACAGUUCACGUGUGAACAAAUGUUUGCUUUGCAUCUGAUUUUUGGUGACAAUGUGUCAAUGUCUUGCCAACAAUGGAGGAAAUCUCCAAAGCUGCUUUGUUAAGAUGUAAAUCUGACUCAUAGCUUUCAGUGUUUUCAGUAAUCAUCUACCGGCUCCACAUAAACAAGACUGUUCCCUGCAGGUGGCCCACCGGUGAUUAUAAGAGCCCCUUCUUUCAGGGCAUUUACAUCCCCAAGGAUCACGUGUAGUUACUCUGUGGCAGGUGUAAAACAUGGAGACACUCAACCUGCGAUUUGAAUAAUUCAGCAGUUGGUAUAUUUCACGUUGCCUUCCUGAAAGCACUGAAGUUUGUUUACAACGUAAACGCGACCAGUUGAUAGUGAUUUCUAGCAUUUUAAAACAAGAUACAACGUUUUUUUUCGUAAGAGCCUUUUUGUUGAUUCAUGGAUGUGGAUUUAUUUGUUCAAACUGCACGGUGCAUAUCUUGUCUUGGACUGAUUGGCAAAUGCUGUGAACCAAAUGGGAUCCAAGUCUUGUCCGUGACUUACUGGAGGAAUUUUUGAUACAGAUUACAUAACACAUUAAGCUUUUCCAGUUGAUAAAUGUUCAUGAGGCACAAAAGCUCCCUGGAACUCUAUGGGGUUAACCCACCACCAAUCCAAAGUUCACACGAAAUAGUCGUUUGUAAGUUCAUUCACAAAUAAUGUGUAUGGAAAGAAAUGUAAAAAAAACUUUCAACCGUUGUGUUUUUGUUAAAAGUGACCAGAUGCUGUGUGGCUGCUGUGUAAAGUUAAAUACGUGUUAUAACUAUAUUAUUGGUUCUUUCCGUAAAGUCACGUGGAAGGGAAAUAAUGAAAUAGUAAAAAUAAAACAAUUAUCACGUUUCGAUUGCAACACAAGCAGUCAUACCGAAAGAACCAAGAAUAUGAAUCCCUGCAGUCACGAAAACUUAAAAAUGUGUUAAAAUUGUAUGCCAUAAAAUAGUGAAAUUAUUCAUCUGAGGCAGCUGGAUGGCUUAUGGGAACAAUUUUGUGUUCGUGUCAGUGGUGAUGCAGUACAGCUGAGAUUCCUGGGUGUGAAUCCCAGGUUUCUACCCGAUAUUAAAUCUGGACUGGUUUUGUUUUUUUGCUUAACAGCAACUGACUGCAUUACUGUUUAGAAAUUUAAUUCAAGACGGCUGGUAUAUAUGAGUAGAUAGCAGGCGAGAGGUGAACACUCGCACUGCUUGACAUGAAGAUGCACUACUGAUCAUGGUUGCAGCUGGAACUGUGACGUCGUUCUGCCAGAUAACAUGGUUUUGUUUGUGGGCACUUGCUGAAAUGGGGGCUUCUUUGCCUGAAGCCUUGGUUCUGUCGGUAUAUGUGGGACACGGGCCGUGGAAAUCCAUCACCACGUCAAUGGAUGGCGAUUUGUUUAAUUCGAGGAUGUAUUUAUAUGACUAUUUGAACUGAUAUUUUCUUUCUCCAGUAUUUUAUUUAAAUUCACUUUCAGUAAAAGAUAUCUCUCUUAAUUGAGCAUUGCACAGUGCACGUUGUCAUUUGCAGUUCUGAGCCGGUGGUGGAAAACCCAUAUUCCUGUCUGGCCAGUCUCACCAUAUGAAAGGUGCAUUGCUUGAAUCGUGCCCCAACCAGGACUUAAACUCACAAACUGUUGUGAGUCGCACGCUCUGCCGUUGCAACGCAUCCUUCUAAAUUGCCUUUGCGGUUUGGACUUGUGGUAAAGUGACCAUAUGAUGCUGCUGUGUCCAGUGAACAGUAUGUUUUCGUGUAGUGAAAUGUGCAUUGUGAUAUCAGUAAACCAAUGAUGUCUGGUACACUGAGAAAAUCUGUGAUGAAAGUGUCAAGGAUGAUUCCUAAAGUGUUUAAUGUCAUCUCAUUUGAUGGCGCCUUUCUGACCAGCACAAUAAUACCCCAGGGAGAUAAUCCGUACACUUUGUAACUGGGUACUAUUUGAGGUUUACGUUUCAAACGUUCAAUUUUAACCCUGUAUAUUUGUAAAAAAAAAACGAGAAUAAGUAAAAACAAAAAGUUAAACAUGGAUCAAAAUCAAUGAAAUAUAUAUUUUUUUUAUAUAUAUAUUAACAUUGUGUUAAUAAAACAUUUGGAUAUGUUCUGUACCUAUCGGUGUCUGUUAAUGUUGUCACGUUGAGUAAAUGCAUUCAGAGUGUGUUGUGCAUUGGCUGUGAGCAAAACGGAUAAGCUGUAUGACACUGUUUCUCCGGACUCGGUCUCAAUGAGCUGUUCACAUCAGACCGACAAGAAAAAAGCACUUCCACAGCAGACAUUUGCAGGGCGUUUAAUGACGAACGAAUCGAUCCACAGUCGCAAAUGCCCACACAUCACGCUCACAGAAGCACAUCGUAGUAAUUGUCACUUCCUACCCCCCCGGAGAAAGUGGAGAAGCGUCGUGUACAAAGUCUUAACAAACUAAGGUGAAGCAAAACCAGAAGAAAAAAAACAAUUAUCAAACACGAGGCAGCUUCAACUAUGCAGCUAACUUGUUUUAAUGUUGCAUCAUUGUUGUGCAACUUUGUGGCUUGAAGCUCUUGUGGAGCAUUAAUGUGUUAUUGUGAAUCGUUUAUUACAGCAAAAUUUGUUUUAAUAACCAGAUAUAAACAGCGAAUUUGUUUUACUAACCAGA